AUGACUUCGCUUCGAGACGGCGACAUCCCUAGCCAAUGGAGGAACGCCAAGAUCAUUCCACUAAAAAAGCCAGGGAAGAGCGACUACACGCUGGCCAAGUCCUGGAGACCUAUCUCGCUGCUCUCCACGCUUGGCGAGAUACUGGAAGCAGUCAUUGCGGAACGCCUAUCCUAUGCUGUGGAGACCUUUGGCCUUCUCCCUGGGAACCACUUCGGAGCUAGGAAAAGACGCUCAACCGAGCAGGCUCUCCUACUACUUCAAGAACAGAUCUACAAGGCAUGGAGAGCUAGGAAGGUGCUCAGCCUGAUCAGCUUCGACGUGAAGGGUGCAUACAACGGAGUCUUCAAGGACAGGCUGCUCCAGAGACUCAGAGCAAGAGGCAUACCAGACGCCGUGCAGAAAAUCGACGCGAAUAGAGGCUCGAUUGCCUUCGUUGACGACUACACAGCCUGGGUCACGGGUCCAUCAGCAGAGGCAAAUCGUGCAGGCAUCCAGGCUAUCAUUGACAGAGCCCUAGACUGGGAAAGACGAAGCGGUGCACAGUUUGAAAGCGACAAGACGGCCAUCAUACACUUUACGAGGAACAAAGAGCGAUCUUCGGAACAACCGUUCUCUGUCAAAGGCGAUAUGGUCAAGCCGACUGAGAGUGCAAAGAUCCUAGGUGUAGUGAUGGACCGCGAACUCCGAUACAAGCAGCACAUAGCCAGGACGGCAGCCAAAGGUCUUGCAGCCGCUUUAGCCCUGAAGAGGCUGAAGAUGCUUUCCCCACGGACAGCCAGGCAACUGGCGCAGAAGAUCGGGGCUCUGGCCAUCACGGGAGCUUUCGGGACCGCGGCAACGGCCGUGGUGGAAGCUGAAGCGAGCAUCUACCCCAUACGAGAACGACACACCCAGGCGGCAGUCAGGCUAUGGAUCAACAUCCACACCCUGCCCGGAUCGCAUCCCCUCGCGGUGAAGAAAAUCCGGACGACUGUGCGAUUCGUAUCCCCGCUGCAGAAACUCGCCCGAGCGGUAGAAGGAACAGAAGUUGACCGGAUGGAAACGAUCCAGGAAUAUGCCGUCUUACCUUGGGAACCCCGCCUGCGGCCGACGGUUGAAGCUGACCGAGCAAGGGCGGCCGAGAAGGUCGACAAAGCUACGGGAAUCCUGAUUGCGACUAGCUCGGCUGAACCAGUCAGCGCUAGCAGCAAUUAG